UUACAGAAAGUGGUUUUGAAGCUAGACUUACAUAACAACAAAGAAAAACAAAAGGCCAUGAAAUCAGUCUCUGCCGUUCCAGGAAUCGAUUCCAUCGCCAUGGAUAUGAAGGAGAAGAAAAUGACAGUUAUAGGAGACAUAGAUCCUGUAAUCGUUGUAGGUAAAUUGCGCAAGUUUUGGCACGCGGAAUUAGAUUCUGUUGGGCCAGCGAAAGAGCCUGAGAAGAAGAAGGAAGAACCACCCAAGAAAGCAGAGAAGAAGGAAGAAAAGGCAAAUCAGGGUGGUUAUAAUCCUCCCAUCUACUAUUUCGAGACUGUCGCAGAAGAGAACCCCAACGCUUGUUGUGUUAUCUCUUAA